UCCGUCAAAAUGAGUGUUUCGAGUCGGCCCAAAUUCAUUUCCGGACCUUAAAAUUAUGAUAUCAGUUAGCGAAAAAGUGUAACGUAAAUUAGAAAAAUUUUCAUGAUUUUUUAAACCUGAACAGGAUGGGUUUAAUAAGACACGUGGUGUGUGCCAUGUCUGGGGGAGUUGACAGCUCUGUGGCGGCUCUGUUACUGAAGAGAAGCGGCUACAACGUGACCGGGGUUUUCAUGAGGAACUGGGACUCUCUGGAUGAGAGCGGGGUCUGCACCACCGAGAAGGACUGCGAGGACGCCUUCAAAGUGUGUCAGAUCCUGGACGUGCCCUUUCACCAGGUGUCCUACGUCAAAGAGUACUGGCACGACGUAUUCAGCAAUCUGUUAAAGGAGUACGAGAAGGGCAGGACUCCAAACCCUGAUAUAUUAUGCAACAAACACAUCAAGUUCAACCAUUUCCACAAGUAUGCCAUCAACACUCUGGGAGCUGAUGCCAUGGCAACAGGUCAUUAUGCCAGGACAUCCCAGGAGGACGAAGAGGUCUUCCAACAGCCCUACACACCCCCACCCACCUCACUGUUCAGAGAUCGGUUUGAGAUCAGAAACUCUGUGAAGCUCCAAAAAGGAGCCGACCUUGUCAAAGACCAGACCUUCUUCCUCAGCCAGAUCUCUCAGGAGGCCUUGAGACAGACCAUGUUCCCGCUGGCCGGACUCACCAAAGAGUUUGUGAAGAGGUUAGCUGCUGAAGCGGGGUUUCACCAUGUUCUGAGGAAAAAGGAGAGUAUGGGCAUCUGCUUCAUAGGAGAGAGAAACUUUGAAAAUUUUAUCUUAGAGUACCUAGAUCCUAAACCGGGGAACUUUGUUUCCAUCGAAGACGGGACCACCAUGGGAACACACAAAGGCUGGUUCACGCUGACGUUGGGUCAGAGGGCACGGAUAGGAGGACAGAGGGACGCCUGGUUCGUGGUGGACAAAGACAUUGUUACUGGAGACGUGUUUGUGGCUCCCACCACCAGCCACCCAGCUCUUUAUCGUGACACUGUGCGAACCGACCGCUUCCAUUGGAUAGCUGUGGACCCGCCACCCGAACUGGUCCAGACCCAGAUGCUGGAGUGUCACUUCCGCUUCAUCCACCAGAUGCCACUAGUUUCCUGUACAGUGACUCUAAACCUGGAUGGAUCCGUGUGGAUUUGCCUCUCACAGCCAGUCAGGGCUCUUACAACUGGACAGUUUGCGGUUCUCUAUAAAGGAGACGAGUGUCUGGGCAGUGGGAAGAUCAUCCAGCUGGGACCCAGUGAGUACACGCUCCAGAAGGGCAGAGAGCGCUCUGAGGCAGGUGUGCAGCAGAAAGAGCAGCCGACACCUGAACUGGAUGAGAUAAAGCCCCAGCAUCACUGAGACUCCUGCUGGUGUUGAAGUGCCCUGAACAGCUUUUUUUUUUUUUUUUUUUUUUUUUUUUUUUUCAAAAAUACGUUUUCCUGCAAGGACUCAUAACACAAAGACUACUUAAGGAGAUUGAUAUAUUAUUUGUUGUGUAUAUUUAAUGAUUUUUUUUAAACAGAAGUCUAUUUUUGAAAACUGUCUCAUAAGCCAUGCCUGUAUGUAAACACGGGGUGAAGGUAGUUUCUGGAACAAAACAUAAAAAUUCUCCUUUCUUUUUUCUGUUGCUAAGCCUUGAUAGGCUGUAGUGUCUGUGUGUGCUGCUGUUUAAUCGGAGAGCUUUUAUUUAGUUUUAUUCCACUGAGACGUCAGAUCAGGACCUGGGUGUUCCUGAAUGAGCAGAAAUGUGUUGUUCUUCUGUAACUGAAUAAUUCAUAUUUGUAAUUUGUGUAAAUUUACGCUACAUCAGGGCUAUUCAAUUACGAGCCGCUAUCCGGCAUGUUUUAGUGGUUUCUUUGCUCCAACACACUUGAUUCAGUGGUUGACUCACGUGUGCAGCAACUCAUCAGGCUCUGCAGAAACUAAUUGGAAUCAGGUGUGUUGAAGGGUUAAACCAAAACGAGCUGGAAUUGAACAGCCCUGAUCUACAUGUUUGUACAAAAUCCUCCUUGACUUGAUAAAAUGAAGGGUGUGUGUGUG